CCAUUUGAGUUCGACAAAGUAUCUUUCAAGCUCUUCUCUGAAGUUAUUUCACUUCCAUUAAAGCUUCAAUCCCUAGUUCUUCAUCGUAAUCCCUUGGUAGUUCCAUACGAAUUUUCCCAAUAGAUACGCGUUGGUUCUCUUUCAAAAUGGCACCACAUGGAGAGGCUAUUACUAGCACUUACGCCAGGAGGAACAACUUCUCUAAGCCACCGAAACUCUCCAAUGAUAGCCUCCACCGGACCGUUUCCGAUAUCACUUUCCAACUGAGCAAGGAAGUGCUCGAUAAUUACAAAGAAACCACCAUAACGGACGAGAACCAGCUCCCGCCUAUAUCCGAAGUCGAAGAUGCCAAGUGCGAGUGUUGUGGGAUGAGCGAAGAGUACACUUCGGAGUACAUCGAGCGAGUGCGAAACAAGUACUUGGGGAAAUGGAUAUGCGGGCUGUGUUCGGAGGCGGUGAAAGAAGGGAUGGAGAAAAACGGAGGCAAGAUAGAGGAAGCUUUGAGUGCACAUAUGAAUACAUGUGCAAGGUUUAACAAGCUUGGGAGGACUUUUCCGGCUCUGUUGACAGCUGAAGCCAUGAGGGAUAUUUUGAGGAAGAGUAAUAGAGCCAAAUCCAUUAGCCCCAGGGAUAGAUCAGGAGCUCAGAAGAAUUCUGGUGGGAUCGCUAGGAGCUCUAGUUGCAUCCCAGCUAUUACAAGGGAUAUCAAUAAUCUCAAAGUUUCAAACUGAUGACACGAGAAAUUAUUAGCCCAACCCUUUCAUAAUAUUCUUAUUAACCUAUUUUAAUGCCUUCAUGUUCAAGCUUUAUAGCAUGGACCAAACCUUUCUCCCACUUUAAAGUUUUUUGGGUUUGGCUUCAAAUGCUUUAGGGUUUUUCUUUGGGCUGCUUCUAAUUUUGA